GAGAGAGAGAGAGAGAGAGAGAGAGAGACCUGGUUUCUCUAACACUAAUCUUGUCCUCGCAAUAAACUCUCUCUGAGAGCAGUUAGAUUCAGCGCGCUUCCCAGAGCCUCUGCAGUGACUCAUUGAAACAUCUUAUGUGCUGAUAGAGGGAGCCGCAGUUUUUUUCCUUCUCCCCCAUCGUACACACGCACGCACGCGCGCGCACGCACAGGACGUUGACUAAAGCAGGGCUUUCUUUAGUGCAUCGGGACUUCUGUACUUUGGAUUUGCAGAUUUGCAGCACAGGAGGCUGCGUGCCUUGGCUGGCUGGCCGGACGCGCACUUGAGGCUAUUUGGGCUUCUGUUGUUCCUGAAGUCUGGACUUACAUAAAGAGCGGGACGGCUGGAGACCCAGGCUGAGGACACCCCAUCGAGCUGGAGCCCAGGUAACCGCUGAGCAUGCGAGGCUCUCUUCUGGUUUUUGGGACGGGACGGAGUCAGACAGCCAUCGGCGCCGCUAACCUCCACGCCGGCUCUCAGAAUGGGGAGCACUGAGACAGCUGCUUUGUUCGGCCGGGGAUUCUUCGCUUAGUGCGCCGCCCGAGGACCAGCAGGAAGUAUCUGGGUGGAGGGGGAAAGGGGGCGGACACCGAGGACCCCGACGGUGGACCGUAACAACGAUCUGCCAGGCUCAGGCUUCGGAUAAACGUAACGGGAAUAUGUCCGUGCUCGGAGGCCCUUCAUGGAUGUGUCGCCUUCUUCUUUGGACAGGGCUGGCGUCCAUCUGUUACGCCCAGCAGCACCCUGUAGUCACUACCAAUUACGGGAAAUUGCGUGGAGUAAAGGUUACAUUACCGAAUGAGAUCCUGGGACCGGUGGAACAGUACUUGGGGAUCCCGUACGCGCUGGCCCCAACGGGGGAGCGGAGGUUCCAGCCGCCUGAGCCGCCCAUGUCUUGGCCAGGAAUCAGGAAUGCUACUCAGUUUGCGCCGGUUUGUCCUCAGUUCUUAGAGGACCGGUUUUUGCUGAAUGAUAUGCUCCCCGUUUGGUUCACCGCCAACUUGGAUACAGUGGUGACCUACGUGCAGGAGCAGAGCGAGGACUGCCUUUACCUGAACAUCUACGUCCCCACGGAGGACGGGGCCAACAUUAACACGCACGGCGCAGGGUCCAACAGUAAUGAUGGUGGUGCUGUUGAAGAUAUCCACGAUGAGAACGGGUUAAAGCCGGUCAUGGUCUACAUCCACGGAGGCUCCUACAUGGAGGGAACGGGCAACAUGAUUGACGGCAGCAUCCUGGCCAGCUACGGCAACGUCAUCGUCAUCACAAUCAACUACCGGCUCGGCGUCCUGGGGUUUCUAAGCACAGGAGACCAGGCGGCCAAGGGCAACUACGGCCUGCUGGAUCAGAUCCAUGCUCUACGCUGGAUCAAAGAGAACAUCCAGGCUUUCAAAGGAGAUCCCAAGAGAGUGACCAUAUUUGGCUCGGGGGCCGGAGCGUCGUGCGUCAGCCUGCUCACCCUCUCGCAUUACUCGGAAGAUCUGUUCCAGAAAGCCAUCAUCCAGAGCGGCACGGCGCUGUCCAGCUGGGCGGUCAACUACCAGCCCGCCAAGUACACGCGGGCCCUGGCAGAGAAGGUGGGCUGCAACAUGCUGGACACCAUCGACCUGGUGGAGUGUCUGCAGAACAAGAACUACAAGGAGCUGAUCGAGCAGUACAUCACACCCGCAAAGUACCACAUCGCCUUCGGGCCUGUGAUUGACGGCGAUGUAAUCCCAGACGACCCCCAGAUCCUAAUGGAGCAAGGCGAGUUCCUCAACUACGACAUCAUGCUGGGGGUCAAUCAGGGCGAAGGCUUUAAAUUUGUGGACGGCAUCGUGGAUAGCGAGGACGGCGUGUCUGCCAAUGAUUUUGACUUCGCCGUGUCGGACUUUGUAGACCAUCUUUACGGCUACCCGGAGGGCAAGGACACUCUGCGUGAGACAAUUAAAUUCAUGUACACGGACUGGGCGGACAAGGAGAACCCGGAGACCCGGCGCAAGACUCUGGUGGCUCUGUUCACCGAUCACCAGUGGGUGGCGCCGGCGGUGGCCACGGCGGACCUGCACGCUCAGUAUGGCUCGCCGACUUACUUCUACGCCUUCUACCACCACUGUCAGAGCGACAUGAAGCCCAGCUGGGCCGACUCGGCGCACGGCGAUGAAGUCCCGUACGUCUUCGGGAUCCCCAUGAUCGGCCCCACAGACCUUUUCAACUGCAACUUCUCGAAGAACGACGUGAUGCUGAGUGCUGUCGUCAUGACCUACUGGACGAACUUUGCUAAAACAGGGGAUCCAAACCAACCUGUCCCACAGGACACAAAGUUCAUCCACACCAAACCCAACCGCUUCGAGGAGGUGGCCUGGACCAAGUACAACCCCAAAGACCAGCUGUACCUUCACAUCGGCCUCAAACCUCGAGUGCGGGACCACUACCGCGCAACCAAGGUGGCGUUCUGGUUGGAACUGGUUCCUCAUCUGCACAACAUCAACGAAUUCUUCCAGUACGUGUCCACCACGACCAAAAUCCCCCCGCAAGACACCACCCCGUACCCUUACACCAAACGCUUCCCGGGCAAAAACAACUGGCCGUCCACCACGCGGCACCCGGGGGUCCCACCAACCAACACCAACACCAAGCAAACCACGGACCAGCGUAAGAGCGGCGAUCUGACUGACGAGUCGACAGUUGUUAUAGAAACCAAGCGGGACUACUCAACAGAGCUGAGCGUCACCAUCGCGGUCGGAGCCUCGCUGCUGUUUCUCAACAUCCUAGCCUUCGCCGCGCUCUACUACAAGAAAGACAAACGGCGACACGAGACCAACCGCCGCAUCCCGACGCCGCAGCGCAACUUGGCGCCGACCAACGCGUCCUCGGCCACCAAUGCCAACGCCAACGACGUGGCUCACCUGCAGAGCGAGGAGCUCAUGUCUCUGCAGAUGAAGCAGCAGCAGCUGGAGCACGAGCACCACCACGAGUGUGAGUCGCUGCAGAGCCACGAUGCGCUCCGCCUCGCCUGCCCCCCCGACUACACGCUGACUCUGCGCCGCUCGCCCGAUGACAUACCGCUGAUGGCGCCCAGCACCAUCACCAUGAUCCCCAACGCGCUGGCUGGCAUGCAGCCUCUGCACAACUUCAACGCUUUCGGGGGCAGCCAGAACAGUACCAACCUACCCCACGGCCACUCCACCACGCGGGUAUAGCUUCGCUGGCAGGGGCGGAGCCGCCGCUGGGGGUCAGCCCAGAAUGUUUUCCAAAGCCCUGACACCUAGAGUUUUCUCCUCAGUCUCUCUGACUGGAUCGGCAAAAUCAGUGCAGAAAAAGUUUGCCAUUCAUUUUGUGAAAAAAAUAGGUUUCAACAUUAGUAAUGUUGUUUACGCUAAAUUCCUACCCUCCCUAAGAUAUGUAGCCUUAACAAAUGGCAACAUCAGGCAAUUCUUGGGGGAGUUCUUUCAGGAGUGAAAAUGUGUCAUCAUGCAACCUCUUCUAACUCCCAACUCUUUAAAUACUUGUCAACGUUGGUCAGUGGUCAGAGACGACCCACAAAGCACCCUUUAGCAUCUGAUCCUCACCCUGGCUCCUUUAAUCUCUUUUUAAACCCUUUGUAUUCCAUUUAAAGUGACUCUUAAAGAAUCAAACCAGGUUUUUAAAGGAGCUUUUAAAGGGUUUUCCAUAGCGACCAUACGGAACGCUGCAAACCUAACCCUUAAACGUACGUUUCAUAACCCCACCCACAGUCUUUCCCUAACCCUACCAAGGAUCCAGACAAAGCGUGGUAAAGAAGGACGCCCAAGACUUACCCAGAAUGUCAAGUAUCGGAUGGGAUUACGUUUCAAUUAGCUGAAAGACCCCCCAGGGAUGCUAAGGCAGACUCUCUGCCCCUGUAACGCCAAAGGACCCUGACCAAGCACCAUUUUUAGCGCUGGGAGAGAAACGCGUUGCAUCCUCAACAUUAGUUUUGUUCUGAUUUCAGAAUGAUGAAGACAGGCGAUCAAUUAGAUACAAAACAGGACGUAGGCUCGACAGCACGAUCGUUUUCCUUGGCUCACCAUCUUACAAUCUGGUUUUCUAUAUGAAGUACAGAUUGAAGUCAUUCAUUUAUCAAAUUGCUCGAAAAAUAGUGGCCGUCAAUGGAGGAAAUGUACCCAACCCUAGGUUUUCGGCCGAGCCCCCAAUGUUUUAUCGGCUGAGCCCCCAAUGUUUACAACAUGUGGCUCCGCCCCUGUCCACUGGAUGACGCUGCGUUUCCUUUUGGAUGUAACCUCGCAGAGGAAAUCGGAGUGACUGACUGUUGGGAAGCACAGACUUCACAGAUGCUAUUUUGUUACAUGCCUUCUUGAAGAGCAUAUAUAAAGUGAUCCUGAACUGAACUGACUUAUUCAAAGUGAAUGUUACCGUAGGAACAACUCUACUUGGAGCCAAGCUUCAUUGAAAGUUUGUCAAGGAGUUUUACCAAAAGAAAAAGGCAAACAGGGGAUGACUAUUAAUAUUCUUAAAUAUGAUAUGAACAGUUUCAGUGUGACUUUUUUGUGACAGAGGCUUUUGUGCCAUAAAUACACAACAGGUAGAACUGUUGUCGAAAAGCAACAACUGACCGUCUGAAACAUAAUCUUCAUGCAUCAGACUCCUGACAGAAUUCUUAACCCCAGCCUGAAAUGUAUUUAUGAAAACUUUGUUAAAAAAAAGAAAAAGAAAAAAGGUAUAUAGUUGUGCGUGGAAAUUUCAAAAUCUAAAAUAGAGCAAAUUGUAUUAAAAGAGCUUGUUCUUACGGAAGCCCAGAACGGCCGUCCUUGUAAUUAUCUUUGUCAAGAUGACGUAUCUUAUUAGUUCAAACGUGCAUCAGAGAUCAGACGUUCCAACGGCCCAGAUCAAGCUGCUGCUGACAGACGUUUUAUAUCAUUUGCAUUUUAAAAACAAUCAAAAUGUCAAUAUUUCUACUUUAGUCUCUGCAGUCUGACUUUUCUCUACUUUGAAUUGUAACAAUAUCCUUGACAUUUUACCUUUAUUCUCUAAAUUGUAUUUCAUGUAUUUUCUCAACAUUACAUUUUUACGUUGUUGAUACUUCAACCUUGUUCUCUAAAUGGACAAAACCUCCUUCUACGUGGUUUAUUAAUUUUUCUUAUGCCUGGCACUUACACUGAACUACUGUCGACAUUUUGACUUUAUUUCAAAAUGCAAAUAAAGGUUGGAGUCGAGGACAUAUCUGACUAAAUACAGAAACAGAUAAAGCAUUUUUAUUGCAUUAAAUAAGAUGAAAAAGUCCGUCAGCUCCAUCUGGCUGGGCCGUUUGAAGGCAGUUACUGAUACAAGUUAUGGAUAAUAAGACGUUAAAAACAUACUUGCAAACGCGGCCGGUCCCAGUUUUCAAACCUUCUAGAGUAGUUUUGAUUUUGGCUGAGAUCUUUUGGGUUUUUACAGCUUGUGCUUUUCUGUUUAGGUGCGUGUAAAUAUAUCCAUUCUUCUUUUGUUCCUGAUCACAACCUUUAGUUUCAUUAUUAUUUUUCACAAAACGACCAAAAUGCGAACACAAUCCCAUCGUCGGAGAGUUGCACCCUGCCGGUCCCGUCACCGCCAUCCGCCAGGACUGUCUCGUGCCGUGUCUCGUUUCCCCAUUUCAGACGCAGACGUCCGGGGACAAGCUGUCCUCGUCCUCUUCAGCCCCGCGUCCUGACUCCAGUCCAUCUCCUCUAACAUCCUGUCACGCUCCCGGUAGUUUCUUCGUGGGCUUUGUUUUUGUCUUGCACCCUCAGCACUGCCUGAGCUUACAAUGUGACCAGCAAUGUAUAAUUUAGAAAUAA